AUGGCAGACACGCUGCACAACGCGCCCAUUGUGCUCGACAACGGGUCCGGCACCAUACGGGCCGGUUUCGCAGGGGAGGACGUGCCGAAAUGCCACUUCCCAUCAUGGGUAGGGAGGCCGAAGCACCUGCGGGUGCUGGCGGGCGCGCUGGAGGGCGAGGUGUUUAUCGGCCAGAAGGCGGCGACAGAGCUGCGUGGGCUGCUGAAGAUCCGGUACCCACUAGAACACGGCAUUGUGACGGAUUGGGACGAUAUGGAGAAGAUUUGGGCAUAUGUGUAUGAUGAGGGGUUGAAGACGCUUAGUGAAGAGCACCCCGUCCUCCUAACGGAACCACCGCUCAACCCGCGUUCAAAUCGCGACACGGCCGCGCAGAUUCUUUUCGAGACCUUCAACGUCCCCGCCCUCCACACCUCGAUCCAAGCGGUGCUCUCCCUGUACGCGAGCGGCCGGACAACCGGCGUGGUGUUGGAUGCGGGGGAUGGUGUAUCACACGCGGUCCCAGUAUUCCAAGGCUUCACGGUACCCAACAGCAUCCGGCGGAUCGAUGUGGCCGGGAGAGAUGUGACCGAGUACUUGCAGACGCUACUACGCAAGAGCGGCUACGUCUUCCACACCAGUGCCGAGAAGGAGGUUGUCCGGUUGAUCAAAGAGUCGGUCACGUACGUGGCCCGCGACCCUCGCAAGGAGGAAAAGGAGUGGGCAGCCGCCAAGUUGGACCAGGGGAAGGUUGCCGAGUAUGUGUUACCGGAUGGGAACAAACUCAAGAUUGGUGCCGAACGCUUCCGCGCCCCUGAGAUCCUUUUUGACCCUGAAAUCAUCGGGCUUGAAUACCCCGGUGUGCACCAGAUCGUGGUGGACUCAAUCAACCGGACAGACUUAGAUCUACGCAAGGACCUAUACUCCAAUAUUGUGCUGUCGGGCGGCAGCACGCUGACCAAGGGCUUCGGUGACCGUCUGCUCUCCGAAGUACAGCGUGUCGCCGUCAAGGAUAUGCGGAUUAAGAUCUUUGCGCCACCCGAGCGCAAGUAUUCGACCUGGAUUGGCGGAAGUAUUUUGGCGGGAUUGAGCACCUUUAGAAAAAUGUGGGUGAGCAUCGACGACUGGCACGAGAACCCCGAUAUCAUUCAUACCAAGUUCACAUGA